AUGGCGCCCCGGUGGCCAUUGUCAUUCACUUCAGCUGAUGCGGUUUUUAUGACAGUUUUUGUGGCGCACCCGGUCGGAAAUGUACACGGCUACUCGGGUAUAAUAAUGAUGUUCCGCCGCUUUAACGCGUCACUUAGAAGGACGGAGCACCGCACGUGCUGCGCGUGCGGCGAGCCCAUCGCGGACCGCUUCCUGCUGGAGGUGGGCGGCGGCGCGUGGCACACGGGCUGCCUACGUUGCUGCGUGUGCGCCGUGCAGCUCGACCGGCACCCCUCCUGCUUCCUGCGCGACCGCCAGGUCUACUGCAAACAGGACUACGCCAAGAGUUUCGGCGCCAAGUGCUCUAAAUGCUGCCGAGGCAUCUCCUCAUCAGACUGGGUACGCAAGGCUCGGGAGCAGGUCUACCACCUCGCCUGCUUCGCCUGCGAUGCCUGCGGUCGGCAGCUGUCUACUGGAGAACAGUUUGCACUGCAUGAAGACAGGGUCCUAUGCAAGCCGCAUUACUUGGAAACCUUGGAUGGAGGAUCAAUUUCUUCAGAUGACGGCUGCGACUCCGAAGGUUACCACAAGAGCAAGGCGAAACGCGUUCGUACCACAUUCACCGAGGAACAACUACAGGUCCUCCAGGCUAACUUCCAGCUGGACUCCAACCCGGACGGGCAGGACCUGGAGAGGAUCGCACAGGUUACCGGGCUGAGCAAGAGAGUCACACAAGUCUGGUUCCAGAACAGUCGAGCGCGCCAGAAGAAGCAUCAGCACACUGGAAAAGGGAAACAAAGCCAAGCAAUGUCCCGCGACGCUGACUCGGUGGGGUUUGGCCGGCCUAUCAAUCUCCACCUUACGUAUUCCUUCCAGAACAAACCGCCUUUCGUCCCGAUAGAUGGCACUUCUUUCACGGACUCUUCAAUGGAUGAGCUGUCAGAAGACUCCUCGAUCCACUGCAUGCAGAGUGAGGUUUGA